AUGCGUGAUGCGGAAGUUGAACCAUACAACUUCCGUAUGUUCAUAUUUAAUCAUCUUCCUGUUCACACCAUAGUUGUUCUCUGUCUUUUCUAGUGUACAGCGCGAAGAUGGAAUAUCCUACCGAAAUAUCUAUUAAACAAGAAGGUAUGUAGAGGUUUUGAGCUGAUUUUUAGCAGCAAAUUUAAACCGAAAGCCAAGCGCACGAUGUGUAAUUUACUUCUCAAUUGGCGACGACCCAGCCGUGGCUGGCAAUCUUCAAAUACGCGGAAUUGUAUAGUAAAUUCUCGGUAGUUAAUUAGACUCGAUAUACUAGCUAUAGCAUACAAACUGUGCUUUUCGUGUAUCAUCUUGUAUUCUUUAUGUUGUUAGAAUCUACCAAAAGGACGCAAUUUCUUUCACUUUGUCGGUUUCGAUCUUCAUGUAAUCAUGUUAUGUCGACAAAUAUUCUGAUCUUAUUAUCUCGUUCGAACUGAUACUGCGCCAAUUAGCGUGCAUUGGCUAUAUAGUAUUGUUCUUAAUAUUAUUAAAAGCGGGUGCGUUUUCUUUUAUUACUGAUUACUUAUUGUCCAAUAUGUUUUUAACUAUUGAAUUUUGCUGAGUAUACAACAUACAGUAUACUAAAUUCAAAAGGUCGUUUAUCAGUGUGUGCGUCCAUUUUGGCAGAUUCUCACGAGUAAAUAAAUUUCAAAGAGUUGAUCUUUAACCUUGGUUUAUAAUAUGUAGUCUUGAUAUAGCUUUAAAUAAUUGUCCUUUGCGGUAGAUAUUCCUUAGUCUAACGUCAAACAGUUGAUUCUUAGCACAGGAAGCGAUGGUUCAGACGUCCAGUUAAAAUACAGUCCUUUGUCAUGGUAGAUUCUCGCUAGUCUAAAUUUCAAACGCUGGUUCCCAACGUGUGUAUAAUGGUCUUGAAAUAUAUGUCCUUUGUGGUAGAUCAGUCUUUCCAGCCUGUAAAACUUUAAACGGUUGUUGUCAGGGUAGACAGAGCUCUUGAAUUGGAUAAAUAGAACAUCCUUAAUUUUAAUUCAGUGUGAUAAAAUCUCGGUACCAUGCGCAGUGUAACUAGAGACCAUACCAGAAAACUUCAAUGUGAAGGAUAUAGUGAUAUACGACUGCCUGAAAAAUAUUAGCAGAACUUAGUCUUAGACGUUUCGAGCGAAUGCCAGGGUUCUUCGACUAACUUCCCGACAAUCGAAACGUCGAGGUUCUGCUUAUGUUUUUCUGGUAGUUGUAUACCUUCACUCUUAUAGCUUUUUGUUGUAGAUUCUCACUAGUCUGAAUUUCAAACGGUUGAUUCUCAGCGUAAGUCGAGAAUACACGUACUUUGGUCUCAGAAUAUAGGUCUCUGAAUACACGCCAGCUCUGGUCUCACAACACACCUUCUUUGGCAAAGAUAUAUAAUGACAAAUUACAGCAACGAUUUUGCUUCUGCUAGUGUAUAUUCUCCGUAACUUUAAGAUGGAAACUAAGAAGCCUAGCUGAGAAACGUUUCAAGCAAUGCCUAGAAGCGUAAAAUUUACCUUAAAAUGAGAAGACUCUGUCGCUCAUAUUAUCGUUCCGUUUCAGUCGUUCAGAAAGCAUGUGCCACUUGCGACUCUUGCACUUCCGUGUUAGCCGCAUUGUUUUUUCGCUGCGAUUGCAAUAAAUCAAAUACAUGGAAUUUGGUAUCUUGCUUAUAACAUAUGAUUCAAGAGUUCCGCUUUGUUAUUGAAUAUAUAUCCUCUAUAGUCUACUCCUAGGAGUAGGAUGAAAUGUACAAAAAUUAAGUGUGUAAAUUUACCACAUCUGGUCUGCAUGCAACUUGAGAAAUAAAAAAAAAUGUAACGUAAGUCGAGAUACAGUGUAUAGCAGGUUGGACUGUUUUGUGCGACUUGUUUGAUUUGGUUGUAGUGCCAAUAAGGCAAUAAUAGAAAAGCUUCGAAUUAAUAGCGAUACAACUGCCAGAAGAUCGGCUCUUACUUCCCGACGAAUAGCCUUAGCUCGAAACAAACUAACUUCUCGACAAAGGGCCUUCGCUCGAAACGUCAAAGUUCUCCUUGUAUUCUUCUGGUAGUUGUAUCCCUAUCACUCCCACAGCUUUCUCUUUGAUUUAGUAGUACCUCUCCUCGCGUUUGCAUUAGUACUCUCAUUAGAGACCUUACGAUUUUAGGACGGCAAUGGCUACCAAUACAAUAGAUCAUUGAAAAGAAUUGAAAAAUUACAAUAUAUGAACAAUCCUCGCUCUAUUUAGUACAACGCCAAAUCACAGAUUUUCACGUCUUGAUACAACGGCUGCAUUUCAAGCCGCAACAAGUGCAACUUCAAACUGGGUUCAGGAGAACUCUUCCCAACCAUAAAACCCAUGUCUUCAACUUCUAAGACUGUAUUCAAUUCAUACGAUUGACAAUGUACGACGAAUUAUCUUUAUACUACCAUUUAUUUGAAGGAGUUUGUUUUGGCCGUCGUCGUCGCGUUGCCGUCCUAUAAUCGUAAGGUCUCUAAUAAUUCUCAUCAACUCUCAGCUGAUUCAAAUGUUGAUAAGAGUUGACGAGAGGUUUUUGCUCGUUUGAUCGAAUCGAUAAUAUCCAAAUCAAAUCAUUUUAUUCGCCAAUAAUUAACAAGAAAAUAUUUACACAAAAAGGAUAAAAUAAACCAAAAGAAACCAAAAGGCUUAUUUACAUUGGGCUCCUUUGUUAAUAUAUAAGCAGGUAUAGAUCUGGAGGCAAUCAGUCACAAAAUAAAUGAAUUAAUUACAAAUAUUAUUUUAAUUACAAUGUGUACAAGGAAAUCAAAAAGAACAAUCAAUCCAGUUAACUCUCAGUGCAACUUUUGUCAGUCUCUUUGACUAUGAACUCUCAUGGAAACUCCCGUGAAUAGACAAUUCCCAUUAUAGGCAAAUUUUUUAUCUUGGCAAAAAAAGUAUAUUCCCGGAAAAAGCAUACUAAAAUGAGUAAAAUUGCAAAGUUUGGUUGAGAAAUGUUGUAAAAUGCGGAAAAUAUAGCCUUGCAAAGUUCGCAAAUUUUGUAUAUAUAGUUUUGUAUUGCGCGCGGAAAUUGCUACCACAUUUGGGCCGAAUAAAAUGGCAGCAAUUUCCGUACGCAAUACAAAAGUAUACAAAAUUUGCAAACUUUACAAGGCUAUAUUUUCCGCAUUUUACAACAUUUCGCAACCAAACUUUGCAAUUUUACUCAUUUUAGUAUGCUCUUUCUAACUGAACAUGUGAUGAUUUAUUUCAUCUCCUUGCCUAGUUUUAAUAUUAGUCUAUAAUGGGAAUUGUUUAUUAAGCACAGGUAUUGAAAUUCCGUGAAGGUUGGCAAACGAGAGUAUGAAACUUUCAUGACCCGGCCAAACGAGAACAAUUAAAUUAAAGUCGUACGACAUGGUUUUAUUUUGCUUUUCUGAGUACGCGAUUGCCUAGUACGCGAGUCGGGGCGAAAAUAGCGCAAAGAUGAGAUGAGAACAUGAUAAGGACUAUUUCUGGAAUACUAGAAUUUUAUGAUUUGACAUCCUCGCAAGUACAUGGUUGCAAUAGGGAAGAGGAAAUGCAGUCGUAUUUAUCCUUCUUCCUUACUAAUUUGCAUACUGACACUGUCUGUCUGUCAAAUUCUGUCGAAGUAUUUAGUUUAAUAUUGGCCUGGUUUCAGUUGCUGCUUAUAUUCUAUAGUUCUGUAGUUUUACAGGCGUUUUUACUGUAUCUGGCUAUCAGUUUAACUCAAUAUAAAGAUACUGCACUUGUCUAGGUCUAGAAAUAAACUGAAAAUGCAGGAUUAAUUAUAAACCAUGCAGGCACUAAUUAAACCAGGCCGAUCAACCAUACGAAAUAAUUUGACAGACUUUGUUUUGCCAACAGCGAUUUCGGCAAGAUGCAAAUAAACGACAUAUUACCAUAUUCUCAGAUUUUUCAAUUUACCACAUUGCAAUUUACUGCUAACUUUUGAAGCCAUAUUUCAACAUAAUAUGUAAAUUAGUAAGGAAGUAGAACAUAUUAUGUCCAUAGCUUUCGGGCGUGCCUGGAUUUAAUACCUUGUUGAGUUUGGUUAAGAACACAUAUCAUCGUCUUGCCUUAAGCCCGUUUUCCACUAGGCGAAUUUAUUCGCGCGAACAGAUAAAAAGUAGGAAGCGAUCCUACUUUUUCGCCGCGAAUUUUUUCGCCGACCAAUCACGUUGCCGGAUUUCGGUUUUCGCUUCGCGUCGCGCGAAAAAAUUCGCCUAGUGGAAAACGGCCUUUAGAUGGCGUAUAUGUAAAUAUUAUUUACUGCACAACUAAAUAUAGAACUUAAUUUGUUCUCGAAGAUUAUUAGGAUUGGAAACUCCCAAAACGUAUGUGGGCGUCCUCACGUAUAUUGCGUAAACUGAACUGGAUCAAAUUACUCGAUCACCAACCUUUCAAACUAAAUUGAUCACGUAUGUAGGUUUAACAUUUUAACCUUGCCCCACCAAGAGAGUUGCCUUGGAGAUACCAGCUUCAUAUAAUUAACGUUCUGCUUCUUGUCGUAAGCGCUUUGCCGUGUUGAAUCUAAGACUAAGAUCCCGUUUGCGAAUGACAAGACGUGAAAUAUAAGACAGAGUAUAGAAAUUCAUACAACAAGCCAGCAUGCUUUACAUGAUGAUAUCUGAAAGUAAGUGUGGGCGAAAAGUCGAGAUUGUACAACAAGCUGAAAUCCGGCUUGUUAGACGUCGAAUUCAAUUCGUUGAAUUUAAUGUUACUGAUUUUUUUAUUCGCGAUAAAUGUGCGUUUUAACUGGUUGUAUUCAACAAACAUGCUUUACUGUUGUAGUAGCUUGUAGUGUCAACGUUUUCCCGAAAUAUUUAUGACCAUUUAUGGCUUUACACUCAGGCCGCUUUGAAGUCCGGUUUACUUUCUUUAUAUUAUUGCCAAAUGUACUGUAGUGUAUAGCUGUUCUUUAUAUUGAAAGGGAAUGACUCCUAUCUGCUUCCUAUCUAAAAUCCAGAUAUUGAUUUGGAGAGAGUAUAAUUUUAUUAGUCUUUUUUAUCAUCAAUCUUGUUCUUUGAGAUUUAUAUUGAUAUUUUAAAAUGUUUUUUACCUUAAGGUAAAGUGGUCGUGCUAACUGCUAAGGAGUAAGGUGCUUUAAAAGCGAGGGAGACUAUUUCUCACUAUUUGUGUUAUCUGUUUUUUUCAGAAGAAGAAAAGGCCGCCGAAAGGCCAGCAAACAAACCAUGGACGUCGAAAAACGCCAUUCAUUUAUGGGAAUUUUUACUGGAAUUACUGUAUGACAAGGAGUGUGAAUCGUUGAUAUGCUGGACCAGAGCUGAGGAAUUUGAGUUUAAGUUAAUGGACCAAGAGGAAGUGGCGAGAAGAUGGGGAAAUCUUAAGCAGAAACCCAGAAUGAACUACGAUAAACUGAGCAGAGCUUUGCGGUAUUAUUAUCAGAAAAAUAUCAUUAAAAAGGUAAGUUGGGUUUCAUGGUACUGCAAUUUCAGAUUGAAGCAAAAAUGUUUCCCAACAACUCCAGAAACAAUUUCUCUUUUUUCCAACCAGUGUGUAUGCGGGGCAUGAAUGGCGAGCAUUUAUUCUUGACCACUGAUUAACACGACGCUUGACUUUCGCUACAUGCAAAUGUAUCUGACAAAUGUCUCCUGAUCUGCCCUCCUUUGGGAAACAUGGCUAGGAAACAAUGUUUCCUGGUUUGUCUGCCUUCAGGGCGCAAGGCUAGGACACAGUGCUUUCUGAUUGUCCACCUUUGAAAAACAUGGCUAAGAAACAAUGUUUCCUGGUUUUUCAAUCUUUGGGAAACAUUGCUCUAGAAAAGAGUGUUUCCUGGUUUCCCUAUAGUGUUUGCAAAAUAUGGAUAGGAAACAAUGCGUACUCGUUUGUCCAUUGUUGAAAAACAUGGCUUGGAAAUAUUGUUUAAUUCCUGAUUUGCUUUCGUCCGGUUCACGUGGCUAGAAACAAUGUGUUCUGCCAGGUUUUCCAUAUUUGGAAAACAUGGCAAGGAAACCGUGUUUCCUGGUUCGCCCAUACUUGGGAAACAUGGCUAGGAAACAAUAUAUGUUUCCUGAUUUGCCCAUCUUGGGGACGCGUGGUACUACUGUAUGUAACGCAGGCUUUUAGCCAAGAUGUCAAAACUGGCGUUCCAAAAGAUACCGUGGGUGUGGGAACCUAUUUUCGUGAUUAUGGUUAAAAACAUGGUGCUUGAAAUCAAUUGCCAUUAUACGCUCAUAAUUCAACAUCUUGUCGACAAAAGUAUCGACAGAAACGUAUGCAAUAGAAAAAAAUAAACAGCAGCUGGCAACUUUUGAGGUAUUCAAGAAAUAUCGCAAAGCUUGCGAGUUGCUGUUUAAGGGAAACAUUUUCUUCGGCCAUCCAUAGCUAUUUAUUAAAAAGUAGGGCUCGUCUAAAUUAGUAAAAAGUGGUUCAAUAUCUGAUGUAAUACAUUGUUCUGUCCUUCACAGGUCAACGGGCAACGUCUUGUCUACAAAUUUGUCAAUCUACCCCGUGGUUACCAACCAGUCAAGAAAUUGGGUCCAGCUCGAUUACGUCAACUAGCCAGACACCAAAAUGACGUCAACAAACAAGAUUCGGUUGCCAAUGACGAUACUACUACUCCACCAACAAUGGCGACGAAAACGUCGGUUAUUAAAAGUGUCUCUGAUGUGAUUAAUACCGCCUGGGAAAAUUCACCUAUCAUUCGUAAAAUGUCGCCUUCAGCUCGAGAAAUGUCGCCUUCCGCUCGAGAAAUGUCGCCUACUUCCAGGAACAGCCCCGUACUGCCAGUGACUUUGUAUGAACCCAUGUCGACCGUUGCCGAAGGACACGCAAGCUCACCGCCAGUGUAUCUUCAACCAGUCACAACGCUUCCUGGUAAUUCAAAAUUGUGCGCAUGUCAUCCGUACACGUUUCUCCAGCCCAUCACGCGUGCGCUCGGAACAGACGCUGUAACCCGGCAGACAUUUACAGUCUUACAAACUCCGUGCUGUGGAAAGGUUGCCCUCACCCCCCUGUCGGGUCAUCCUGUUAUCCUCGGCGGUGCAACGGCGGCGAUGGCUGCACCUACGAUAGUGCAUGUCGGGUCGCCUGAGGGCCGCAUACAAGUCAUCGAAGCGUAGGAACCCGGGGAUAGGGGAAAACGGCAAAAGUAGGGGACUUAAGCAAGCAGGACGGUAACGUAACGACGACGGUUAUUAAUACAUUGAAAUUCAUAACAUUGUAAACAAGAAAUAAGUAACAAAAAGUCUGUUGAGAAUCUCCCAGGAGGACCUAUCUAUGUUCCCGUGUUUACUUGGAACGUUUUUCAUUAUCAUCAUCAUCAUCAUCAUCAUCAUCAUCAUAAUCAUCAUCAUCAUCAUCAUAUGCCUUGUGACCUAAAACCUAAAACCCCUGGGAGAUCAUCUCUGUUUUUAUGCAACAGCAAACCACAGACUUCCUCUUCUUCUCAACAAAGUACUGUUAACAACGCCUGUAUUUAGAGUCGCGAGAAGUAACAUUUCAGAACUGCAUUACCUUCGCACGACAGGUGAUAAACGACAAGUUUUCUUCACAAUAUUUUAUUUGAUAAUUUAUUCGUUUUGGCCGUCGUCGUUGCUUUGCCGUCUUGGCUUGUUUUUAGACCGUUGAAUUUUCAUCGGAUAUAAUUCGUUGUUGAAUUUAAUGCUGCUGAUAUCUGUUUGAGAGAAAUUAACUUUUUAAAUUGUUAACUCGGCUCAGCACAUUAGGGCCAUUUAUACGAGCGAAAAUAAGCAACGGCCUGAAUAAGCUAGGCCUUAUAACGACUGUCCUCGUCCCCAGGGCCUCUCGGUUACGCGCGUCCUCCCUAUACCCUGGGACACACGGAACUAGAAAUGCAAGAAAACUUGCAGUAGUUUCUUAAACGCAUGCUCUUGAAUUGGGACGCUUUAGCACCCUUAACAAUUUUCACAGUGAAGUAUCACGAUGAAAAGCAUUUGUGUUGACAUAUGUUGAUAUAAUAACUUUGCCUAGCGAAAAUUGCUCAACUUCUACUUGUAUGAAACAGCAGUUUCCUGAGAAGCCAAUCAGAUCUCUGAUCUCCCUCUUUAGUCGUCUAACCCAGAGCCUAAUUUUCAACGAGUGACCGAGUGAAAGUGGCCCUGGGGACGAUAAUGUAUAACGACCAGUGAGCUCUUUAUAGCUGGAGCAAGAACUUCAGUCAUUCGGCCUAUAAUAUAAGGGGAGUCAAGGGACUAGUACCAAUACCUCUUCAAAUUUCGCCAUUUUGGCUUUACUUUUUGGACUCGAGUCCUCGCUUGAGAAUAUACGAAGCUCACUGCGACUCAUACAGGCAGCCUUAUUUUAGCCGAGGCUUAUUUUUGCUCGUAUAAAUUGACAGGAAUUCCUUUGAAUAAAAUUCAGAAGAAUUAGCCUCAACGAAUUAAAUUCAACGAAAGUUCGACGUCUAAAACAGACCUUACAUACAUCAAGAAGGACAAAUGAAAAGGCCAGGAAAAGAUGACGUUAUUGGUAUUGGGCACUGAUUUGAUGCCACUGAUCUUAAAAGAACUCUGGAUUUAGUCCGGAUCGACCCAAACACAAAUGCACGUUUGCAGAUUUAAAGAGAGUCUAUACAUUUGAACGUAAAUGAAACAUUAGUUGAUUAAAAGUCAGAGUUAUUUAUGCAAGCAUUAGGGUAUUGUUAUCAAGUAUUUGUAGGUUAAUACAUGCAGUUCAUAUUAUUUUAUACAGUUAUAGAUGUAGUUAUUUGUAUUGACAAUGUCAAUGUAGUAUUAGUAGUUUUAAUUAUUAUUAAUAUUUGAGCGAUCUGCUUUUAAAUUUGGUAGAGAAACGAAUGUGCUGUACGUGCAUCAUUUGGAAAAUUGUGCCCUACUUGCUUAGAAAUUCCUCGACGUCAAAGACCCCAGCCCCCUUAGUGCCCCCCAGUCAACCAUUUCCCCCCCCCCCCCGGCUGUCAAGGUAUAUAAACAUACCAUGCAAGUACUCAACUGAAGAUUCAGUCUAUCUACAGUAUAAUGUAACGCUGUCAUACCAAUAAUCUGUUUCAGAAAGCACACGAAGCAGUCCUACAAUCGUGUGCAAAAAUAAUGAGACUUUUCACAAUUUUGGCCAUUUUAAAGUACGUUGGCCUCCCCCCUGCCCCCAUGAUCAAUGUUGGAAAAAGUGGGUUGAAUUUUCUCUUUUCAGUCAUCCACACAACAUUGAAUUGGGGGUGAGAGGGGCACUUAUGCGGUUAUCUCAAUAAUUUUUGCUCCUGAUUGUAGGGAUGGAAAAAAAUACAAAAAUGUUCUGGGUGAGAAUGCCCCCAGAUUCCCCUACUAUUACAUACGACACCACACCAAACGUUUAAUUUUAUCACCAAAAACUAUCUGUCAUCUCUCCACACUCAGUAUAGUAUGGUCCCUUCUUUUUUUUUUGGUACAAAAUUGGUUAGUUUUUCAACGGUAUAUUUUAAAAUGCCUUUGUUAGCCAAUUUGCCCACGUUUUCAAAACUAAUUUCAUUAAGAAAAACUACUAUAGUUUAUACAUUGAAAUACUUUUUUUAAAACCAAACCAAUAUAUAUCUAGUAAAACUCAAGAAAAUGAGUGCGAUAAGAUUGUUAUAAAACUCAUGUAAGGGACCGGUCAUUAUUUUAUAUGGCCGGGGAAAAAAUAUAAAGUAAAAAAAGUUUUUGCCCAACCUGAAAUAUCAAAUAAAAAAGAAAUACCCACCCCUGGCGAAAGGCAAAGUCUUUAGAAAAGGAUACCAUUCAGUUGUCACACAUUACAUUCCCUUUGCACUUCUGUGACAUGACUGAUAAAUUUUUAUCAUCCAACCCUUGAUUUGUUUUGUUUUUCAUUUACCGUAUCUUUUACUCACUCAAAAUUUUGUUUACCCAAUCCAGUGUGUCCUCCCCCUCUUGACAAUUCUAAAAUUUACGACGAAACUGGCAUUUACUGAUACAGUCGAACCCCUAUUAAGCGGACACCUUUGGGACCUCGCCUAAGUGUCCGCUUAAAAGGGGUGUCCGCUUAAAAGGGGUAUGUAGGAAAACACAGCAGGAGGCAAAGGUGUGUAAUUAGGUGUGUAAUGUGAGUAUCAAAACAGUAAAAAAUACCUAGCAAAUUUUUAGCAUAAAAUGAAAAAUUCUUUGCAUAAAAGUUCAUUAGAUAAUGUAUACAUAUUUCGCAGUCAGACAAAAAAGGAAUCAAUACAAGUUUGUUUCCGAGGCUCACGCAGACGAUAGCAAUUAUUCACAUGAGAAUCCGCACGAUGUGUGAAAGGAUUAGCGUUUCUGGUGUUGGUACCAUAGUUUUGUGUCAAAGUUGAUGAACUGAUGACAUAUAUUAAUUAUCCAACCUUGCUACUUAUUUGUAAUAGUAUCUUUGAAACCAAACUUCAUUUAAUAUUAACUAGUACUGAAUUAGUUAAUUUAAUAUCUCGACUUCAUAUUACACAUUGCAAAUUGUGGUCGUCAUAUAAAACCAAAAAUCGCGCGCCAAAUUCGAAUAUAAUACACGCCAAGACAGCAUUCGAGGCGCAUCGACGACGUUCAAGCGAGUGUUUGCGCACAACGUAGAUGAUAAGAAAAAUUGGUAUGCAUACAAAUUGAUACAAUAAGUUGCUUGUUAGUAAAACAUUCAAGUGUUUUCCAUCAGAGAUUAAACGGGUCAAACUUGAAGACUUGCGAGACGACGAUGGUCGCCAAGUAUCUCAUCGCCGUUUCUUUGCCGGGGUGACUAAAGAUGUUAUCACUGGCACGACAGAGUUAUGUUCUCGACGCUUAGGGCAAGUAAGGCAUUCGAAUCAGUCCUAUCAGAGCAAAGUCGGCUGCUGUUGUCCUAAAUUUUUAUAAUGAAAUCACAUCGCAUUUUAUGCAUGAAUCAUUGUAUAUGAUAUUAGGGUUACGUAUACAGCGCUUUAUACAGCAGGUCUGUAUUAUCAUAGUUAUAAUUAAAUAAACCUUAUUUCUGCGCGAAUUUACUGACUAGAACUGGCCAGCCAAACAGUGAAAUAGAAUGUAAUCAACAGAUCGCAAACAGUACACGAAAUAUUUUUGUUUUUAAAUCACUGUGCAUGCAAACGCUAAAGCUAGCGCAAAUUUGUGUUUAUAUUAUAAAGACCAAUUUAGCGGAGACUCUUGUGUUCAGAAAGAUGCAAUCAUCUUUUGCUGACAGGUUAAGAAGGUGCAGUCAUCUUUGCUUAAUCAGUUGAACCUAAAUUUUUAUAAUAUAAUAACACAUCCUAUUAUGCAUGAAUCAUUGUAUAUGAUAUUGCGGUUGCAGUUACAUACGGUAGCUAUAUAUUUUUAGGUCUGUAUUAUCAUAGUUAUAAUUCAACAAGCCUUAUUUCUGCGCGAAUUGCACUGACUAGAACUGGCCAUGCAGCCAAAUGAGUAGAAUGUAUAGCUACAUGUAUAUCAAGAGACCGCAAACAGUACACGAAAUCUUUUUUGCAAACGCCAAAGCUAGCGCAAAUUUGUGUUUAUAUUAUAAAGACCAAUUUAGCGGACACUCUUGUGUUCAGAAAGAUGCAAUCAUCUUUUGCUGACAGGUUAAGAAGAUGUAGUCAUCUUUGCUUAAUCAGUUGAACCUAAUUCUUUAUAAUAUAAUAACACAUUGCAUCAUUGCAUGUAGGCUAUAUGAAAUUGCGGUUGCAGCUAUACAUACGGUGCCUAUUAUAUCCUGUAUUAUCAUAGUUUAAUAUAAUUCAACAAGUCUUAUUUCUGCGCGAAUUUACUGACUAGAACUGGCCAGCCAAAUAGAAUGUAUAGCUAAAUCAAGAGACCGCAAACAUGCAGUACACGAAAUCUUUUUGUUUUAAAAUCAGUUUGCAAAUGAACGCCAAAGCUAGCGCAAAUUUGUGUUUAUAUUAUAAAGACCAAUUUAGCGGAGACUCUUGUGUUCAGAAAGAUGCAGUCAUCUUUUGCUGACAGGUUAAGAAGAUGUAGUCAUCUUUGCUUAAUCAGUUGAACCUAAUUCUUUAUAAUAUAAUAACACAUCCUAUAUUAUGCAUGAAUCAAAUGUUGCAUGUAGGCUAUAUGAAAUUGCGGUUGCAGCUAUACAUACGGUAGCUAUUACAUCCUGUAUUAUCAUAGUUAUAAUUCGACAAGUCUUAUUUCUGCGCGAAUUUACUGACUAGAACUGGCCAGCCAAAUAGAAUGUAUAUAGCUAAAUCAAGAGACCGCAAACAUGCAGUACACGAAAUCUUUUUGUUUUAAAAGCAGUAUGCAAACGCCAAAGCUAGCGCAAAUUUGUGUUUAUAUUAUAAAGACCAAUUUAGGGGAGACUCUUGUGUUCAGAAAGAUGCAAUCAUCUUUUGCUGACAGGUUAAGAAGAUGUAGUCAUCUUUGCUUAAUCAGUUGAACCUAAUUCUUUAUAAUAUAAUAACUCAUCCUAUAUAUAUUAUGCAUGAAUCAAAUGUUGCAUGUAGGCUAUAUGAAAUUGCGGUUGCAGCUAUACAUACGGUAGCUAUUAUAUCCUGUAUUAUCAUAGUUAUAAUUCGACAAGUCUUAUUUCUGCGCGAAUUUACUGACUAGAACUGGACAGCCAAAUAGAAUGUAUAGCUAAAUCAAGAGACCGCAAACAUGCAGUACACGAAAUCUUUUUGUUUUAAAAGCAGUAUGCAAACGCCAAAGCUAGCGCAAAUUUGUGUUUAUAUUAUAAAGACCAAUUUAGCGGAAACUCUUGUGUUCAGAAAGAUGCAAUCAUCGUUGCUGACAGGUUAAGAAGAUGUAGUCAUCUUUGCUUAAUCAGUUGAACCUAAAUUUUUAUAAUGAAAACACAUUCCGGUAUGCCACGUACGAGUUCUAUGCAUGGCAUUGGUAUAUAUGCAGAUAUUCAUAACUCAUUAAGCCUUUCUGCGCGAGUUCCAACUACAUGUCAUGGCUAUUUUCAUUUAGAAUCUAACCAAAUAAAACAUAUAUGGGAUAUAGCUGAAUACCCUCACGUGUACAGGCUUUUGUAAGCAAAUGUAAGCAAUUGUAUUGCAUUUCACGGGAUUUUACAAGACUAGUAACUUAUUUCUAAAUAUUGAACUAAACGCCACAUGCUAAUUUUCAUAUACCCACUGCGAACAGAACCAGAUUGAUGACAGCUUUGCCUAUUAAUUUUAUUGGGAUUAGACAUGAUUGCAUCCGGCGAACUGCACAAAUUUUGUGCAGUUGACACCUUUUUUCGGCCGUGCGGAUUCUCAUGGUUUCAGUGUGUCGCUUUAGCACUCGUGCGAUUUUUUCCGGUGUCAUCGAUCUCAUCGCCGCAUUGAUGCCGAUACUUGUCGUGUGGCUUUGCCCUCAGAUUGUUCCAUGUCUUGGCGGUCUCCACCUCGACGGUCACCGACGGAUAUGCGCUCCUAACGUCGCUAGUUCCAGCAAUAGGUCUACCGAGGCAUGUGACUUAAUUUUGUCCGGUUUAUCUCGUGUUCGGGUAUCCAUCACCACUCCUUCCCAGGUAUCGUAUUCCUGACGUCGCUAUUUCGAGUAACGUUUCACUUUCGUUACCGGACUCCACCCGUCGCUGUAUUUAUCCUGUUUUCGUUUCGUUGCCUCUCGCUUUGUCGAGUAAUGCUAUCCCUUGUCACCAGUCGCCACCCAUUCGGGGGUAACGCUAUUCAUUACCACGUAUUUUUCGCCACGUCGCCACUCGAUUUGUCGAGUAACGCUCUCUUCGUCAACUAUCGCCACUCAUUAGGGGGUAACGCUUUGUCGAGUAACGUUUUCCUUCGUCAACGUUCGCCAUCCAUUAGUGGGUACCGCUAUUUUUACCACGUAUUUUUCGCUCAGUCGCCACUCAAUUUUUUCGAGUAACGCUUUUCGUCGUCACCAGUCGCCACCCAUUCGGGGGUAACGCUUUCCUUCGUGAGUACCGCUAUUUUUACCACGUUUUUUCGCUCAGUCGCCACUCGAUUUGUCGAGUAACGCUUUCCUUCGUCACCAGUCGCCACCCAUUCGGGGGUAACGCUAUUUUUACUACGUCGUUUUUUCGCUAUCUCGCCACUCGCUCUGUCGAGUAACGUUCUUCCUUUGUCAACGGUCUCCACCCAUUCGGGGGUAACGCUAUUUAUUACCACGUAUUUUCGCCACGUCGCCACUCGCUUUGUUGAGUAACGCUUUCCUUCGUCAACAAUCGCCAUCCAUUCGGGGGUAACGCUAUCUUACCAGGUAUUUCGUGCCAUCCCCACUCGCUUUGUCGAGUAACGUUUUCCUUUGUCAACGUUCGCCACCCAUUCGUGGGUAACGCAUUAACACGUAGUCGCUUCGUCGCCAGUAACGUUCCAUAGUCGUCAACGGUCGCCACCCAUUUAGGGGUGCUACUAUCUUAACACGUAUGUCGUUAAGUUGCCACUCGCUAUGUCGCGUAACUCUCUCCUUCGUCAAUGGUCGCCACCCAUUCGUGGGUCAUGCUAUCUUCGAACGUAUUUCGUUCCGUCACCACUCGCGUUGUCGAGUGACGUUGUCCUUCGUCAACGAUCGCCACCCAUUGGUGGUAGGUAAAGGUAAAACUUUCGUGGUAGGUAAAGGUAAAACUUUAUUAUUUCGAGUAACGUUUUUCGUCCUCACCAGUCGCCACCCAUUCGGGGGUAACGCUUUCCUUCGUGAGUACCGCUAUUUUUACCACGUAUUUUCGCUCAGUCGCCACUCGAUUUGUCGAGUAACGCUUUCCUUCGUCACCAGUCGCCAUUUCGUUAUGUCGCCACUAGCGUUGUUGAUUACUGCUUUCCUUCGUCUCCACCCAUUCGCGUGUACCGCUAUAUUAAAACGGAAUUCGUUACCUCGCCACUUUGUCGAGUAACGCUCCACCUUAACUUCGUUCACAGUUGCUAUCCAUUCGCGGUUAACGCUAUGUUCACAUGUAUUCGUUGCGUCGCCCUUCCCAUCUCGGGUACUGCAUGCUUCUCCUUUCAUCCACGGUCGCUACCCAUUUGUGGGUAACUCUACGUUCUCUCGGUUUAAUGGCGUCUCCACUCUCUUCGGGGUUUUUUUCAGGUUUUUUGAGCUUGGGUUUUUUUUUGGGUUCAUUUCUUUGUUUUUGCUUCUUAGUUAGUCGCUUUGCCCUUCCCUAGGAUUAUAAUCCGCUCCUGUCGGCUCCGUGCUGACUCUGCUGGUCCACUCAGAAUUUCGUCGCGAGCUCGCUACUCACCUCGAUCAGGCUCGUGUCAUCUACGUUUGUAAAUGGCUUCCACGGCGGUCUUUCACCAGCUCUCCCUUGUUACGCUCUUCUACGCGGACUCUAAAGUCUGCGAGUGAGCACCUAGUCGUGGUAGACCAAUACUGAAUAGUGUCGCCUUGCCACCAAUGUCGAAUCUCCAUUGUCGUCCAUUUGGAGUUAUAACCAAGAAAAAUGAAAACCGGAUAAAUGGCGUCUUAUUUCGGAUCUUUCCUCACCUGCAGCUCAGAGCGUCAAUGAUUGGAUUCCCCGUGCUCCAUAUUCGUUACACUACAUUAGUGUCCCCACGGCGAUACAUGCCCUCUUUUGGUUAGGUCUUGGGGCACAGAGGGAUAAGUUCGACGUUGGCUAUGUUCGACGUUCGAGUUCCACUGCGAUAAUUCCGCUGUUGUGGCUAUCCUCAUCUCGGGUUCUUCUCGGGACCCGUUCGCGUUGGUCCUCCUUCGCUGUUUAACCAUGAUCGCGUGACCAUUGUCGUUCUCCGCGCGUCAUGUUCCCGGUUGUCAGAACGCAGCGCCUGAUGCGUUGUCUCGUUUCAAUUUCCAAGUCCUUCGACGCCUCCAUUUAUCGGCCAAUGCCACUCCCACACCAUUCCCGUCGACGUCCUCCGUGCUGCAUCGCUUGCUCUGUAUAAGCUAGAGAACACCUGUUGUUAUUAUUUGGCGCAUGGUUUAGCCGCGAACUCUGGUCGUAUUUUAUUCCGCCGGUCAGGGUAAGUUUUUGGCACUUUGUGACGUACGUGUUCCCCUCGUUCUUUUCGUCUUUCAACCCACUUUGGAGUACCAACUAAUGAUGUUCGCGUCGUGGCUAGCCCGUUCCUUACCUCUUGCUACCGUUCGCAUCUACAUCGCUGCGGUUCGCUCCCUCCAAAUUGAUCUUGGUUUUACCCAUCCACAUCUCGACGCUCCUCGUUUGCGUCGCGUAAUAAAAGGAAGUCAUCGUGCUGACGUGGUUUCCCCUUCGCGGCGCCAUCCCAUUACUCACAACACCCUAUCUUCUCGCUAUCGUUUUCGUCCCUCCAUUCAUCUGGCUUGUCGUAUGACGCCUUGGGGUUUUGGUCUGCCUGCUGGCUUGCUUUCUAUGGUUUUUUGCGUGUUCGCGAGUUCUCGUCAUCCGUUCCCUUCAACCCCAACCGCGAUUUGUAAUGUAAUGUAAUGUAAAACUUUAUUUCAAUACGCUAACUUCGACAAUUAUUUACAACUGGUUUCCACGAAGGGCGUAUACACACAAAGAGCUAAAUGUUAAUUAUAUAUAGAACAAAAUAUGUAAGAAUCCCACCCUAAAAUUUUAUCAUCUUCCUCCCAAACCUCCACCCCUAAACAAGUACCCACCCACCCUCACGCAAAACUAACCCCCCUCCCGCCCACAAUCUAUAUUGUCCUCCCAUCAUUUGGUCCUGGAGAAAUUAGCUUAUCAUCUGCUUAAGUGCAAUUUCGCCAUUGUUUUAAAUGACGUAAUUGACUCAGCCGCCUUGACAUCUUGCAGGAGACUAUUCCAUAGAAGUGCUCCACUGUAUCCAAAUGUUUUCUUUAGAAAUUCCGUUUUCGGUUUUUUUAACGAGAGAUCAGUUUCGCUAUUGCGUAAAUCAUAAAUAUUCUGCGAUGCAUUUCUCCGAGAAAAAAGAUCUUUAAGGUUUGGCGCAGUGUGGUUCCCCAAGACUUUAUACCUCAAUACUAGCUUGUUUUGUUCUCGUCUCCUAGCCAGGGUUUCCCAGCCUAAUUUGUUUAGGACUUCAGACGAUCUUACAUCGUAGUCAGCUCCGGUAAUCACCCUUGCUGCUCGAUUUUGGAAUUUUUGCAAUUUGUCUUGAAGUACCAAACCACAGUUAUCCUACAGGGGAGAACAGUAAUCAAAAUGAGGCUGAAUUAAUGUUUUGUAGACAUCAUGUAAGGUUUUGUGUGGAACAUAAGGUUUUAUUCUUUUAAUUGCUCCUAUUCCAGCGCUAAUCUUAUGGCAUACAGAAUCAAUAUGUUUCUCCCAACUUAAUUUUUCAUCUAGAUUUACACCUAGACAUUUAAAUGUAUUGGUUUGUGGGACUGGGAUUUUGUUAAUCUCAACGGCUCUAUUUCCUAUUUUAGGAUUUAGAUUAUGCGUAGAUCCAUGACACGAUUUAAUGUUAGUUAAUAUACAGUUUCUGCUGUCAUCCUCCAUCGCAAACUGCACAUCGAACUAAGCAGUCGAAAACAGACCCCUUCGGCAAGGAUGUUAUCUCUACCUGGCAAGGACCUCUCGCGCGGCUUGUCCUGUUGCCGCCUUGUCUACACACCUCUCCGCGGUUCAUCUCCAGGGCCGCAUCUUCUCUAGUCAGAUGGCUCUCCCUUACCAGCACCUCAGGUGAACGUUUACCUCCGCGAUCUUCUCUCGCGUGCGGUCGUCCCCGGUUAUUUUUUCCGGCGCAGCAAUAGCAGGGACUGUCGCAUCACCUAAUUUAAGCUUUCAGACGCUGGUCCAACGCUGCUUAUCUCCAAUCUAUCCGCACUUAACCGGACACUCUCGCGAACGCUGUGGCAAACUUGUAAGCGGUUGGAGAUUUUUAUUUUGGAAGAGGUACCAAUGGUAACCUUACUCCAACCCCUUACUGUCGUUGGAGAAUAUCAUUGGAAGAGGUUCCAUUGGUUGAGGAAGUAUCCAUGAUUCCUCUCCUGGUUAUGGGGACUAAGAUAAUCCAGUCUCACCAUAACCUGGAACCGAAUCUAUCCCCACCGAUCGGCAGCGGGCAUAAUUAUAUAGUAUUGUGAUUAGUAUAAGGAUGAGACACGUUACUAGUUGUUAUGAGCGUCAAAUGUUAAAUGGGUUUUAUAACAUAAAAGCAAGUUAACAGUAUGGGCUGAUUCGCUCCGUUGAUCGAUUGUUGUGUCGGCGAUUUGUCUGGGGCAGAUCCCCGGUAACCCAGAGUAUUUAAUAGCUAGUGAACUAGAAGCCAGCCUUUCAGUUGCUUUCAACGUUUUUCCCACCCUCCCUUUCCCUCACUAUAUAUGUCUUCUCGUUUCUGUUGGCGGCACGAGCUUUUUCAAGUGUCUCCCUUACACUUUCCACUUGGGUUAUAGUGCUCUGGAGCUGCUUUCGGGUUGGUAGGGGUUAUUCGGUGUAUGCGAAUUGUGCGGGUCAGGUUUGGGGACUUUUGGGGAGCAAUUUGGUUAGUAAGUAGAUAACUCUUCCCUGUGCAGACAG